AUGGAUUUCACAGGAUAAUUUAGAUUAGAUGAGGAUUCUAUGGCAAUAAAUAUCUUCCAAACACCAGUAAAGGGCUAAUUCUAAGGUAUGUUUAAAUUUUUCAUCGCUUUUCAUAUAUUAUAUAUUACAUGUUCUGGCGGAAUAUUUUCGCGCUUAUACAACAAUUUUGUGACAAAAAAUUAUAUUUUUAGAUUCCGAAGCUAAUUGUAAUUCACAAGCAAACACAAAUAAGAAAUUAUUUGUUUAGACUGAGCCUUUUGAUAAACCAAAGAUUUAAUUAGAUCCUAUAAAAUCUCAAAAGAAAUGGAGCUUAAAAUAAAUUAGUAAUCGAGUUAUGAAAGAAUUAUAACAUGAAGCAAUGGCUUAUAGUGAUAUUUGUUAAUAAUUGACAGAUGAGAUGAUUAAAGAGUUUGAUGGAUAAUAAAAUGAUAUACAAAAAGAAAUAAAAAAUCUUAGAAGAAGAGUUUAUGAUGCUUUGAAUGUCAUGAUUUCUAUAGGAAUAGUUGUCAAAGAGUAGAAAUUACUGAGAAAAAAUGCUGAAACCUAAGUUAAUCUAACCAAGUAGAAUUUAAUAAUUAGAAAAGUAAAAAUUAAAAUUAAUUUAACAGCAAAAAUUAAAAGAAUUAUUAUAAAUAAAAAAAGCAUCAGCAACUAAUAAAAUUAAACAAUAAGAAAGCCUUAAAAAAUUAGUAGAAUUGAAUAAAAUCAGAGAUGUAGAUGAAAAUGAGAAGAUUAGAUUUCCAUUUAUUUUUGUCAAAACUUAACUAAAUAAUUCUGAUGAAGUAUUCAAUUAUUAUUUAAAUAAAUAGGAUGAAUUAGUUCUUGAAUAAAAUAAAACCAUGGAUUAUUUAAAGGUCUUUAGUAAAAACUAACUUGAUCUGCAAUUAGAUCUUUGUGUAGUUUAAAAACUAUUUCAAAGUGAACAUAUGAUAUUAUGA